CGGUCCCUUCCAUCUCCGGCACACACACACACACACCCGCACGCACACACACACCCCAUUGAUCAAUAUUUGGCUGUCUUGCUGCAACUUGCUGCAGUCUUUUAAAGGAGUAGUAGAGAGAGAGGGAGAGAGAAAGGGAAACUGGCAGGAAGGGGUAAGGAGCUACACAUGUCACAUGUGCUUUCUAAGACGGCCAGGAGCAUCUGCAGGCUGGAUCUGGUGGAGGAUGCUGCGGCAGGUGAUACACAGAGGGCUCCAGUCGUUUUUCUACAAGCUGGGCUUAUUCGUGAGCAGGCAUCCGGUGUUUUUCCUCACUGUGCCCGCAGUCCUGACCAUCAUCUUCGGCUUCAGCCUGCUCAACCGCUUCCAGCCUGACACUGACCUGGAGAGCCUGGUAGCCCCCAGCCACAGCCUGGCCAAGAUCGAGAGGAGCUUAGCCAGCAGCCUUUUCUCCCUCGAUCAAUCCAAAAGCCAGCUGUAUUCGGACUUGCACACCCCGGGGAGGUAUGGCAGGGUGAUUCUCCUCUCCAAACCCGGAGGCAAUAUUUUGCAUCAGGCUGAUGUGAUCCUGCAGAUCCACCGAGCCGUGCUGGAAAUGAAGGUGAACUACAAAGGCUAUAAUUAUACUUUUUCCCAUCUGUGUGUGUUGAGAAAUCAGGAUAAGAAAUGCGUGCUGGAUGAUAUUAUUUCAGUUCUAGAGGAUCUGAGGCAGGCUGCCCUCUCCAAUAAGACAACAGCCAGGGUGCAAGUGAGCUAUCCCAACACUAAAUUAAAGGAUGGAAGGAGCAGUUUCAUUGGCCACCAGCUUGGAGGGGUAAUGGAAGUGCCAAACAGCAAGGACCAGAGAGUCAAAUCAGCCAGAGCCAUCCAAAUCACUUACUACCUCCAAACGUAUGGCUCUGUCACCCAGGACCUCAUUGGGGAGAAGUGGGAGAGCGAAUUCUGUAAACUGAUGCACAAGAUGCAGCUGGAUCACCAGGAUCUGCAGCUCUACUCACUAGCAUCCUUCAGCCUCUGGAAGGACUUCCACCAGACCAGUCUCUUGGCCAGGGGCAAGAUUUUGGUGAGCCUGAUGCUGAUUCUCCUGACUGCUACCCUCUCGAGCUCCAUGAAGGACUGCCUGCGUAGCAAACCUUUCCUGGGACUCCUGGGAGUGCUCACUAUCUGUAUUUCCAGUGUCACUGCGGCAGGGAUAUUUUUCAUUACUGAUGGAAAAUAUAAUUCUACUCUGUUGGGAAUCCCUUUCUUCGCUAUGGGUCACGGAACCAAGGGAGUGUUUGAACUUCUUUCAGGAUGGCGCCGGACCAGGGAGAAUCUGCCAUUCAAGGACCGAGUAGCAGAUGCCUACUCAGAUGUCAUGGUCUCCUACACCAUGACAAGCUCCUUGUAUUUCAUAGCCUUUGGCAUGGGGGCAAGCCCCUUCACCAACAUCGAAGCUGUAAAAGUCUUCUGCCAGAACAUGUGUGUCUCCAUCCUGUUGAACUACUUCUACAUCUUCUCUUUCUUUGGCUCCUGCCUGGUCUUUGCUGGCCAGCUGGAGCAGAACCGGUACCACAGCAUCUUCUGCUGUAAAAUCCCCUCGGCAGAAUACCUGGACCGGAAACCUGUGUGGUUCCAGACCAUGAUGAACGACGGCCAUCAGCACACUUCCCACCACGAGACCAACCCGUACCAGCACCACUUUAUCCAGCAUUUCCUCCGAGAGCACUACAAUGAGUGGAUUACCAACAUCUAUGUCAAGCCAUUUGUGGUGAUACUGUAUCUCAUCUAUGCCUCUUUCUCCUUUAUGGGGUGCUUACAGAUUAAUGAUGGAGCCAACAUCAUCAACCUUCUCGCCAGUGAGUCCCCAAGCGUCUCCUAUGCCCUCAUACAGCAAAAGUAUUUCAGCAACUACAGCCCUGUGAUAGGCUUCUACAUCUACGAACCUCUGGAGUACUGGAAUGGUACUGUGCAAGAAGACCUAAAAACACUCAGCCAGGGGUUCAACACCGUGUCCUGGAUUGAACAGUAUUACCAAUACCUUCGAGUGGGUAACAUCAGUGCAACCAACAAAAGUGACUUUAUCAGCAUCCUCCAGAGCUCCUUUUUAAAAAAGCCAGAAUUCCAGCACUUCAAAAAUGACAUCAUUUUCUCCAAAGCUGGAGAUGAGAACAACAUAAUUGCUUCUCGUCUGUACCUUGUGGCCAGGACUAGUGAAAACACACAGAGGGAAGCGGUGGAACUGCUGGAGAAGCUGAGGCCACUUUCUCUUAUACAGAGCAUUAAGUUCAUUGUGUUCAACCCUACUUUUGUUUUCAUGGACCACUAUGGUUUAUCAGUAACUAUGCCUGUCCUGAUUUCUGGUUUUGGCAUCCUGCUGGUGUUAAUACUGACCUUUUUCCUGGUUAUCCACCCUCUGGGAAAUUUCUGGUUAAUCCUUAGUGUCACCUCAAUAGAGCUGGGUGUCCUUGGCUUGAUGACCUUAUGGAAUGUAGACAUGGAUUGCAUUUCUAUACUGUGCCUUAUCUACACUUUGAAUUUUGCCAUAGAUCACUGUGCACCCCUGCUUUAUACAUUUGUAUUAGCUACUGAGCACACCCGAACUCAGUGUAUAAAGAACUCCCUCCAAGAGCAUGGGACAGCCAUUUUGCAGAACGUUUCUUCCUUUCUUAUCGGGUUGGUCCCCCUUCUCUUUGUGCCUUCAAACUUGACCUUCACACUGUUCAAAUGCUUGCUGCUUGCCGGCAGUUGCACACUUCUGCACUGUUUUGUUAUUUUGCCCGUCUUUCUAACCUUUUUCCCACCUUCCAAAAAGCACCACAAGAAAAAGAAACGAGCCAAAAGGAAGGAACGAGAAGAGAUCGAAUGCAUAGAGAUUCAGGAGAAUCCUGAUCAUGUUACAGCAGUAUGAAAGGCUUAGAAAAAUACAAUAGUAUAUUCUCUUUUUAAAAAAGCGUUGCACAGAGAUGCAGGGAAAAUAGAGCAAAGAUCUCAGCUGCUUGUGCUGGCCAGGUCUGACAAAGCAAAGGAAGAUCAAGAAGGGGUAUUCAUGACACCUCAAGGUGUAAACUUUUUUAAACAAAAAUAAUGAAAGUGAAAGAAUCUCAAAUGUUUCCUUUGAAUCCUCAUUCUCCACCAGGGAAGAGUCUGUUGGCCAUUAAGUGUUCCUGAGUCUCAAACUAUAGCUCUAAUGGGAAUUGCUUAAUAUGUCAUAUGUAGGACUAAAGCUAAGGUGAAAAAAAGAGUUACCAUUAAGUAAACACUAGGGAAAAAAGCAGAUUUGUCUGAAAAAAUUGUCCAUGGAAGAGAAUUAAACAAUAUUUCAAAUGAGAAAAGGUUACAAGAGAGAUUGAAAAUGCCAUAGUAAUUUUUUAUUUUCUUGGGCAAGUUAGUUAAGAAGAAACCUAUGCAGUUGGGAAGUAAAUGUUUAAAACUGUCUAAGCCAAAGUGCUUCCCAAAUCCAAUAUACCUUGUGUAUCUGUAACACCACAAUUAGAGCAUUAGUGCAAAAAUGGAUGGCAAAGGGGUAGAAGUACUAUUUAUCCAGGAGAAGAAAUAAUCAUAGCCAUUUGGAAAUCUAACGUGUAGUUCCUUUAAAUGUGACGUAUCACUGUAACCCCAAGAGCUCACAGCUGGUAGUUAAUACCAUACCCCUAUUUUGGUAAUUAUGAAUUUCCCCUUGAAUUAACAGAUCUCACAAAACUAACGCAGGCCAUCAUCAUUGCAGCACUGUUUGCAGUUCCUGCAGUGUAACACUUCUGAAUCCUAAUUUAUCAGUGUUGACAUUAAAUACUGAAUAUUAAUCAAGCAGGCGCUACAAACGUAAUGAUGGAUUGCAUUUCACAGGCACAGUGUGACCGUGUGGCAGCUGAGUCAGCUCUGGAGCACCUGCACAGUCUUAUCAUUAUAUAUUUGAUCCAAGGAAUGAAAGGAUAUGUUUGCUGGUCCCUGCAAUAUGCUGCAGGAAGUGGGAUUUUCCCCUUCUUUAAGCAAAGCAUUAUACAAAAAAUUUAUCACACUAAAAAAAAACACCUUGUAAACAUUUGCAUGGGGCUGGAUCAACCUCUAGUUGUAAGAAGACAGACUGGUCCCCUGUGGGAAGGGGAGGGGAGGGUAAAAUGUCUUUUUUACUGUUAUUAUUAUUCCUAAAUAUUUGAGUCUUGAUCAUCUGCAACAUAAAGCUUUGUUAUGGCAGUUGAAAUUUCACAGGAGAGUGCAGUAAAUCCUCAGUUACUAUGUGGCACUAGAAAUUGUACUGUAAAGGUCUAUGAAUGACUUUCUCUGCUUUGUAAACUAUUCAGCUUAGUAGCCCAAGGGAAGGGAUGAAAACAGAUCUAGCCAUUUCAGUUUGCUCUUGGCCCAGUUCUGCACUGGAGCUUGCCAUGUCAAUCUGUCCUUUCAGUAUUUUAAAAGGGCUUGCUUUCUACUUUCUGGAAUAUGGUAUAGCAUCACCUCCAUGAGCAAUGUCUUCCUGAACCUAUAGUAUCCAUGAGGACACUAUGUAAAGAUAUCUCUAUAUCAAGUGUCUAUGUCUACUUUGUAUUACUUGUGGAUACCUUUAAAAAAUAAUCUGGAAGUUGUUUGCCUUCCAAAAUGUGUAUACAUGUCUACUUGUGGCUGAUAACUCAGUCUCAAACCUGCAGAGUUUGCUGAUGAGGAAAUGUACAUAUGUCUUCCUAAAAAGUUCUCUGCAAGAUGUUAAUUCUUUGCUAUGUGACCUGUCUCACCUUUUCCUACUGUUUUAUGGUUAGGGAGAAAAAAAAAAAAAUAACCUAAAAAAAAAAAAAAAAAAAAAAACAAAAACAAAAAAACAGCCAUUUGAAUGCCAGUUCUAAUGUUCAUGAGCUGCUUCUGUUUCCAAGGAAUGCAAUUUCACCUCUUCUCUAUAUUUUCUGAACUUUACCAUUAUCAUUUGCCAAAAAUGACCUCUGUGUUUUAGGAGUGGUCAAAGCUCUUGCUUGUUCGAGAAAACUUUUGAAUGCAACAUGUCUUAGAGAGGGAGGAACUUUCUAGACAGGCAAAGCUUCCAAAGUUUGAAUCUAGAUCUAAACUUCUAGAUCUAAACUUCAGGGGUAGCUAGAUCAAUGUUACUGGUUUGACCCAAAAUAUUCAAGGGCCAGACACAGAACCGAGAUCUACAUAGUUCAGUAAGGUUUGCUGGGGAUGUUUUAAUGUUGGGUUAUGGGUCAGAUAUGUCCCUAGUUGGGAAGUUUUUACUGACCUUGAUUUGCAUCUUGAUGACAUUGUGUAAUAUUCAUCCUAUUUUGAACAGUCCAUUGUGAAUGUCAAGCAUCCCAAUCUUUUUAGGUUUUCUCCACUGCCCACACAAAACCUGGAUUGUUGUAGCACUGUGACCCUUGGUUAUCACUUCUGGAAGUGUCACCUGGGAAAUUCCUGGUCUUCUCUUGUACUGUCCAGAUGUAUCCCAGGGAUGUCUGUCACGCAUUGUGUUGAGGGAAAUAGCACUUUCCAAAGCCAUCAAAGCCAGGAUUCAUCUCAUCUAAGUUCAGAUAUUAGCAAUGUAGAUAUUUAUAUCUGAACUUCCUUUAUGGCCAUAAGAGAGUGACAGACACUUCUGAUCCAUUUUACAGCUGUAUAUUAGGAGUAAAUAAAUCACAUUUUGUAAAAUG